CGGGACGCUGGUCGUACUACUCUUGUUUCCGACCACCGCAGCAUCGUGGUGGAGAGCGAAUGCUGCGGCCUUCCGGGACAGGGCUCCCGGAGACCUGGUCUCAUACCAGCCAAUUCGGCGGAUGAGUGGCGGCACGACGAGCCGGUGAGUGCCGGCUGCGGCGGCCGCUCCCUCCAGCCACCUGCGUGGCUCUCCAAUGGGAGGGUGGCGGCUUUGCCCGUUCUGCUGUGAGACCGGGAGGAAGAAAGACUAGUCAAAAGAAUGGAUUUUACAGAGGCCUACUCGGACACAUGCUCUACAGUUGGACUUGCCGCCAGGGAAGGCAAUGUUAAAGUCUUAAGGAAACUGCUCAGAAAGGGCCGUAGUAUUGAUGUUGCUGAUAACAGGGGAUGGAUGCCAAUUCAUGAAGCAGCUUAUCACAACUCUAUAGAAUGUUUGCGGAUGUUAAUUCAUGCAGAUUCAUCAUCUGAAAACUACAUUAAGGCAAAGACUUUUGAAGGCUUUUGUGCAUUACAUCUUGCUGCCAGUCAAGGACAUUGGAAGAUUGUACAGAUUCUUUUAGAAGCUGGGGCAGAUCCUAAUGCAACUACUUUAGAAGAAACCACACCAUUGUUUUUAGCUGUUGAAAAUGGACAGAUAGAUGUGUUAAGGCUGCUGCUUCGACACGGAGCAAAUGUUAAUGGAUCUCAUUCUAUGUGUGGAUGGAACUCCUUGCACCAGGCUUCUUUUCAGGAAAAUGCUGAGAUCCUAAAAUUGCUUCUUAAAAAAGGAGCAAACCAGGAAUGCCAGGAUGACUUUGGAAUCACACCUUUAUUUGUGGCUGCUCAGUAUGGCAAGCUAGAAAGCUUGAGCAUACUUAUUUCAUCGGGUGCAAAUGUCAAUUGUCAAGCUUUGGACAAAGCUACUCCCUUGUUUAUUGCCGCUCAAGAGGGUCACACAAAAUGUGUGGAGCUUUUGCUGUCCAGUGGGGCAGAUCCUGAUCUAUACUGUAAUGAAGACAAUUGGCAGUUACCUAUUCAUGCAGCUGCACAAAUGGGCCAUACAAAAAUCUUGGACUUGUUAAUACCACUUACUAACCGGGUCUGUGACACCGGGCCAGACAAGGUGAGCCCUGUUUAUUCAGCAGUGUUUGGAGGACAUGAACAGUGCCUAGAAAUAUUACUCCAGAAUGGCUACAGUCCAGAUGCCCAGACGUGCCUUGUCUUCGGAUUCAGUUCUCCCAUGUGUAUGGCGUUCCAAAAGGACUGUGAGUUCUUUGGAAUUGUGAAUAUUCUUUUGAAAUAUGGAGCCCAGCUAAAUGAACUUCAUUUGGCAUACUGCCUGAAGUAUGAGAAGUUUUCAGUAUUUCGCUACUUUUUGAAGAAAGGUUGCCCAUUGACAUCAUGGAACCAUAUAUCUGAAUUUAUGAAUCAUGCAGUCAAAGCACAAACAAAAUAUAAGGAAUGGUUGCCACAUCUCUUAGUUGCUGGAUUUGACCCACUGACUCUACUGUGCAGUUCUUGGAUCGACUCAGUCAGCAGUGACACCCUUAUCUUCACUUUGGAGUUUACUAAUUGGAAGAGACUUCCGCCAACCGUUGAAAAGAUGCUCUCUACUCGUGCUUCAAACUCCUCUUGGGCUGUACAACAACAUAUUGCCUCUAUCCCAUCCCUAAGCCAUCUUUGUCGUUUGGAAAUUCGGUCCAGUCUAAAACCAGAACACCUACGAUCUGACAGUUUUAUUCGUCAGUUACCACUUCCAAGGAGCCUACAAAAUUAUUUACUGUAUGCAGAGGUUCUGAGGAUGCACGAGAUUCCAGAACUAGCAGCUAUUCAAGAUGGAGAAAGCAGUGAAGCUCCUUAACACAGCUCAUGUCUUUCUCUGAAAACUACCAAGACAAAAGAGCCAUAGAGUACAAAUUAUUCAUGAUUUUAUAGCCAAAAGAUGAUUUUUGUUUGUGUGGUUGGAUUUGGGGGAGGUGGGGGGCACAGUAAUUUAAUUUGAAUGUUUACAACUGGGCUUCUCAGUUAAAAAGAAAAAAAAACAUAUAUAUAUAUAUUAAACCUCACUUAUGUUACUGUAUUGCAGCUUCAUCACCAGUACAUUUUAUGUUGUAAUAUUUAUUGACCUGGCCAUAAUCUGCUAAUGAACUGUGAUGCUGCUUCUGUGCUAAACAUGGCAUAUUUCUACCUAUGGUUCGUGUUUACCUGGUGCUAGGAGCUCAGAAUGGAGUGCUGAAACUUCACUGAAAGUGUAUGUAACUGUGCUGUUGAAUCUCUUAUUAUUAUUAUUUUACUUGGAGUUGAAUAUCUCUUAUGUUUGUAAAUGAACAAGUUUUCCUGUCUUAUCACAUUUCAUUCUCAUCUCUUAAUUCAGACACUUUUAUGAAGAAUUGAUAUUCGUAUGUAAACUCAGGGGAAAUUUUUUUUAAAGGAAUAUAGAAAAUCAGUCAUAUUGUAGGGUUUUUCUCUCCACUUUCUUUAUACUCUUUGGCUAAAAAAUAGUCCAUUUCUAACCCACAAAGGCAAGAACAGACCUGAACUCAAAAACAUUGCUCAAUUGAAAAAAAAAAAAUAAGGUCAGUUUUUAGAUAAAUAAGCAUUUUACCACAUUUAGGAUUUUAAUCAGGAGACUGAGUGGACAUUUCUGUGGCAUCAUCUUGAAAGAAAUAAAGGUGCAUAUUCCUGAGUUACUUAGCACCCAAUAUAACACUCAGGCUCCAUUCAUCCCCAAGAUCAGAAGGCAGCUUUGUUCCUACAAAGCAGUAACAGCCAGUUCUAUUAAUGUUAUAAUGUUUCCUUGUUAUUAUCUACAUAGGUUAUCAAACAACCCAUGACAUACAAACCUCAGAAUCCUAGGUUAAUGAGGCACCACCUCAUGGGUUUUUACACUUGCAUAAUCUAGAGUCAGGAAGAACUAAGCACUGGAGCAAGUGAGCUAUGGUAAGAGGCUGUGGAGACUGGCCUUGAGAGAAAGGUUAUGAGAGCAUUACUAUCACCAUCAACCAGAGAUAGGGCCAAAGGAGGCUGGUCUUGUGUCCUGUUGAGAUCCCAUGUCUCUAAACAGGGGUGGGUCAGCCAUGUCUGGCUUUGAUGACGAAAGCAGUGAUGCAGGUGGGCUGAAUGAGGGCAGGGAUAACAGCUCUUACUGAAGAUUAGAGCUGCCUGUGCGGUGGACAGAGUUUGAAUGUGGGUGUACAGGCAGGAAUAAAGGUGGACAUGGAAAACCAGAUGGAAAUUCUGAUGAUUAAAUUUAGUAGAAAAUUCUAAACUAGUAUGUACCAUGUACCAUUUUUUAAAAUGUUGUCAUAAUCUUUAUUUUCCAAACUGUAUAUUUCUGAUUUUUAACAUAACACUAGUUUUUUAUUAGAGCCAAGCGUACAUAUUGUUUAAAUUUGAGGGUAUCUUUUUUGUGUUUUGUUCAUGUUCAAAAUAUAAUAAAAAUUCAAUUACCCAUAACUUAUUGAGUUCUUAUUCUUGAACAUCUGAGAAUCAAAAUUUCAGAAACAUUUAAGAGUGCUUGGUAGUUAAAAUUGAUAUAUGAUUUUACUUUAUUAUAUAUAUCUUUUAGACUAGCUUUUAUAAUAAAAUAUUUAUGAUUUUUAUGACUUACAGCAAGGACUCAGUGAUAAAUGUAAUCUAAAAGUAUUAAUAUAUAGGGCUAGGUAAGUUACAGUUAUAACUGAUCAAAAUGAUAUAUCUAGUUAGUAUGAAUCUU